GUGGCAUGUUGGAAGAGCCGUGAAUGAUCAGAAUAUGAAAUAUUAUGGCAUUAAUAUAUGCAUAUUAUAAAAUAUAGCCUUAUAAUAUUUAAUAAUUUCUUCUGAUCAAAAGAUCGCGAUUGCGCGUAUCGAUAUCGUACAAUUUUUAAUGAAUUCACGACUAAUUCCAAAAGUUAUUGUAAACAUAACCUUAAACCCUCUAAAACCUGGGACAUCGACGUCAUGUAUUUAACACUUUAAGUGAAUAAUUAAGCAUAAACAAUGGGAGAAUUAAAUGUGUGUUUUCAAAUAGACACAGACAAUCGUGAAAAUUUCCCAUCCACAGUUGCUUUUCAAACUUUUAAAAAUCAAAGAGACUCAUUUUAUGAAAUAUUUAGAAUAUGGGAAGAAAAUCAUUCGGUGCCAGGAUGGACAUUUCAGAUAGCUCUGGGAAGCAAAAUACGAAGUAUGUUGACGUUGCACAAUGAUGCCAUAAAUUAUUAUCAUUUUGCACGAUUAUUUAAAUCUCAACUUCUAAUUUCCUGUAUACAAAAUAGACAACAGGCAGAAGUGGAAGAUGACGAAAGUAUAAGUUUCUUAAAAGCUUUAAAGGAUAUAAAUCCAAAAAAGUUGAAUCAGCUUCAGAAACGAUUAGUAACUCCACAGCCUUCCAAAAAUCAAAUUACUGGACCUUCCUUCCCAGGAGUUCAGGAAUUUUUUAGGGAUUUCGUAUUGGUUGCUUUUAAUCCAAUUUUUUAUGUUCAUUUAGAAAAUUGUUUGGUUGAUGAAAUAAUGGAAUUGAAUGAUACUCAAUUUAGUGGCAGUGAAAUAGAAGAUUCAGAAACAACAGUUGACGAGCAAACGCAACAAAAUUUUACUAUCUGUUUAUCCAGUUUGCGACUCCUUGCAAAAGUAUUAGGUCUUGUUGUAUCCUUACCAUACAGGUCAGAUUCAAAUAAUUUUAAAGAGUUAAUAGCAACUCAAGUGGAAGUAAGAAGCAAAGUAUUACCGAUAGUAAAUUUACAUCUUUGUUUGCAUAAUGCGAUAGCAUUAGGAAAAUUAUCGUUAACUGUACCGUGGAUAGCAAAAUAUUUGGCUAUGAUGGAUACCGUAUCGCUUCGAUUGCCACACUAUAAACAAAUCUUGGAAUUGUUAUAUUAUAUUUAUAAAGUUGUAAAUCAUUCUGAUUUUACAACAUCUGAAAGUCCUAUUUCUCGACAAACAGCAAUUCUUUUAAAACAUACUUUAGGUUGGUUAUUCGAAUUACCAAAUUUUCCAAAGGAUUUGUAUCCCACUUGGCAAAAGACAUAUGAAGCUAGAGAAUUGCAAAGUCUUAAGCAGCUCGAUAAACAUUAUGUGCAAAAGAAUGCCUUACUAGGGGAGCCAGUAGCAUCUGUUACAUCUUCUAAAUACAGUUUGGACAAAUUAGAUAUUAUUAAUGAAAGGACAUUGCGUAUAUGCUGUCCUGUGGUCGGCGUAAACGCAUCCGUAACAAAUUCUAACGGGAAAACGAAUCACUACAGUUCAAAUAAACAUAUUACACCAGUUUCUAGUCAACUCAAGUCUGCCAGAAGUACGGGUGUAAAGCAUUUAGAGUUGCAAUUAGAAGAAGCAUUUUUUCACGGACAACCAGCAUCUACCAGGAAAACCAUUGACUUUGUAUCUGAACGAGUCGCCUCGACUUGUGUUAAGCAUAUAUGUAAUACUUUAUUAAUGUCCUCUAGAGAAUCGAAUUUGAAUACUUUUAGAAAGCUUUUGAAAAAGAAACAAAGCGAAAGGCAAUCGGAAAAAGUAGAAGAACUAUUACUUAACGAUGUUACAGAUUUCAAGGCAUCCCUGGCGAAUGAUAUGAAUAUCUUUGCCACAAAUAUGUCUAAAGAAUUGAAAGAUCAAUGCGAGACGUUUAUACCAACGAUAUGCGAAGCGCGUGUGGCUAAAUCCGUAGAAUCUCUUUUGGCGGAAGACUCUUUAGCAUCCGUGAAAGAUAUGUGCAUUAAAAUUGCGACGAGAUUGGCUACAGAACGCAUACAUCAAUGGAUACAAUCCCAUAUAAUGGGGGGGUCGUUGUUCAUAAACGAUAUGGAACUCGAGUUGAAUAGAUUUUUGAAAAACAAUACACCAUUGCAUUCUAUACAAGAAAAGAAGCAUAAUCCGAAUGCCGUUAGUCCAACGACCAUCACGGAUGAUUUGAGAGAACUUAUGUGGAAUAUACUUGACAAUACUGGAAAAUCUCUAACGAUAUCGUCGGUGUCGACUAUACUAGAUAAUUUGUAUCAAACUUUGAAUGAAAGAGCUGAUCUUGUAAUGGGCCCCGAGAAGGUUUUGUACUCUCUCAGCGUGGAUUUUGCUUUAUUUUUAGUUGCUUACAGGAGCGAUCUCCUCACACCGAAAAUCGAAGAAAAAUUCAUAAAGAUAUGGGCGAUGAGUCGUUGGAAAGCUUUGGAAUUAGAUUCUCCUAUACACAGAAUAUUCAGUCCAAGAAAUAUUAUGUUGCUAGCUCAACCAGAUAAAGAGGAGGUUUGGUUAUUUCUCGGGAAAUUUAUUAAAAAGUUAAUAGAAAAGGACAUUUUAAACAUUGACAGCCUUAGCGAUCAAUGCGUGGCUUUAUUUAGGCAGUACUGGCCCGUGCCUACUUUGAAGCAUUUAUCGGUGUGCUUAACGGAAGCUAUAACAGACUUUAGGGCAACGGACGAAACAGCAGAGAAAGUUAAAUAUCUGCUUGGGUGGAUAGCGGAGACAUAUCACGAGAUGGAGUUCUAGCUUCUUUUUCGAGGAUUAGUAAUUGUAUGAAUUAUACAACUCUUGUGAUAGACAUGUAAAUUGCUGUAAAUUAAUCGACUUAAUGACAAAAAAGGUAUGCGUGUCUCGACGCGCCAACUACGGAAGUUUCAAUUGAUUUCAAAGUGUUUAAAAAAGUCACAAAAUAUUCGAAACAAUUCGUUGUUCUUUUAUGAAUUUCGAAUGUCCACAAUUUUAUGGACUUUAUAUUCGGCGACACUGUGGACGAAUCAUGUUGACGGUGUUGAGUACUCGCUCGGUUAUUGUACGUACAAGCGUACGGAGAUUUAAAGUUGUAGUAACUUUUAAUUGUAAUGUUGCGUGAAUAUCUGCAGUUGACUGUUGCGUUUUAUUCCAAUGGACGUAUUUUAUAGCUAAGAACAAGAUUUUAACAUUCUGUAUGUACAAAACGCGUAAUAAACAAAGAUUUGUUUUUUAAUUAUUUACAA